AUGAAUCUACUGAUUUAUUUAUCACUUUGGGCUUUCUAUGCUCAUUUUGCGAUUGCUUCAGUUGAAAAUUCAGAAAUCCAGUCAAUUUCAAGAGCUAUUAAAGAAGUGUCAGAAGUGUUUUACAUCAGAAAUGAGAUUCAAUUUGACGUCAUUUCGAUUCAAAGUGAUCCUAAACACUUCAAUCAGUUAAUUAAUUAUUUAUUAGCUUCUAAUGAAGUCAACAACUCGUAUCGAUUAAGUUCAAUUACGGAAUAUUUGGUCGGAUUGUUUGGAAUCGUUUAUUCAUCUAUUAUAUUGGCUGAAUCCUGCGAAAACUUCACUUUCAUCAGCACAAAUUUCCAGUUUGGAAAUCCAUUCGCAAAAUCCUCAAAGUUUUUAAUCUACAUUGAAAGUUGUGAUUUAGACUUGAUGCAAAAUAAUAUUGAACAACUCAUCAAAAACAAGCGGAUAACAUUUAGAAGAGGUUCUAUAGAACAAUUCGAGUUUCUUCUUAUUAAUGACGGUGACAAUCUCCAACUGGCGUCCAUCGAGUGGUUUACUGAGUCAGCAUGCAAUCAGCCACAACUAAUAAUCAUCAAUACAUUCAACAAAACAGCAAAAAAAUGGUCCAAAAAGUUAGAAAAUUACGAAAAAUUCCAAAAUUUUCAUGGCUGCAAUUUAACAUUGUGGAUUGCACCAGACAAUGAAGAAUCCUUAUUUGAAAGCGUAAUUGUUGAUAAAAAUAAUCGAAUCAGUGAAGUGAUUGGAGUGAUUCCUAAAGUCUUUAUGGACAUUUCACAAAAAUACAAUUUUAUGCCGAAAUUUCUAAAUUUUGAAUCCGAUGAAGCUGAAGUUUGUUUUAGUAUUUUUCGACUUUGUUCUGAAUUUGAAAUCUUGCUGCAUUUUACAGCGUCUUUUAUGCAAGUUCAUGAUGUGAUUUUAACGACACCAGGGGAGUUGUACAGGCCGUUUGAGAAACUUUGGCUACCUUUUGAUGAUCUUACUUGGAAGUUCCUGAUUUUUGUGUUUUUUGUGGCUUUUUUGGUAAUUUUUAUUGUCAAUCAACUUCCAAAUCACGUUCAAGACAGAAUUUAUGGUUUAAAUAUCCACAAACCAGGACUAAAUGUCAUCAGUGCAUUUUUUGGCCUCGCACAAUACAAAGUCCCGAAAAAAUACUUCGCAAGGUGCCUCCUCAUUAUCUUUGUGUUCUUCUGCUUAAUAUUUCGAACUUGUUAUCAAAGUAAAUUGUUUGAGUUCAUGACAAGUGAACCAAGACGUCCACCACCGAUUAGUGUUAAGGAAUUAAGAGAUAGGAAUUAUACAAUGUACACAACCUUAGAUUUGGACUAUGUAACAAAACUGCUUCAGGAUGAUGACAAUAAAUGGCCUAAAAUUAGUCAAACAACAAAUGAGGUAAUGGAGUUCUUAUUACAUACGCAAUCUCAAAAUGCAUCAGCAAAGUUAUCGUUGACAAUUGAGUCAAACUCAUUAGACUAUGUAGAGUCUAGACGACGUAAAUCUUUUAAAUGGCAUCAGUUAAAAAACAUCAAUUUUCAAGUCAAUCAAAUUGGAUUUUUCUUUUUUGCUAAUAACUUUUUUUUACCAAUAAUCGAUACAGAGACACAAUUGCUGACGUCUGCUGGAAUUAUGAAUCAUUUGGUUGAGUUAGUUUUCAAUGUUAAACAUGUAUUUGUGUCUAAAAAGAAAUGGAAUGUUCUGACUAUGGACAACUUACAGUUUGGAUUUGUUAUUUGGCUUUGGUCUUGUGCUGCAACUGUUGCUGCUUUUGUGUGUGAAGUAUUGAUCUGGAUUGUUGUGAUGAAGACUAAAAGACGAUUUAUGAAAUAUGUCAGAUGCGAAUGGAACAAGUUUAUUUUGGUUUAUCCUAUCAGAAUUAACAAUUUUGUUAAAUAA